AUGGCCAUGCAAGCGCGCCAAGGCCAGCGCAGUACUGAUAUGCUUGCCACGCUGGCGGCCGACCCUAUCGCCUCUCUGGUGGACACCGCAUUUGUUGGUCACCUGGGAGCCGCCCAGCUGGCGGGAGUCGGCACCGCAAUGUCUAUCUACAACGCCGCCACCAAGAUGUUCAACGCCAGCCUCCUGGCAGUCACCACCAGCCAGGUCGCAUGCGCGACCGCCGCCGCCGCAGCAGCCUCCGCAGCCGCCCCCGGGAGCGCGGCCGCCCCGCCGCCCCCUGGCGGCGCGGGCGACGACCCGGUGGCGUGCCCUUCCAAUGUAGACGAGCCAACGGCAGCAAAGUCGGGCGAGGAGCAGCAGCAGCAACAGCAGGAGCAGCAGGAGUGGCGGCAGCAGGAGCAGCAGCAGCUGGCCGCUAGGGACCUUAUUCGCUCUGGCGAUCAAGGCCGCCCAGGGAACUGGGGCGCGGCCGCUCACCCGCAUUCGGCACCCCUCGGGUCUUCGGCCUCGCCCUUCGCAGUGCCGGCGCGUGUGGAUGCCGACAGCGGCAGCCCCGCGCCCUCUCCAGGCUCCGAAGACGCCAUUAUUCUCUUCGACGAUUCGACCUCCCCAGCCCCGUCGGAGCGCGGCGCGCGUGGCAGCGAAAGCGCGCCGCCGUCCGGCGGCCCGCUGGUGGCAGUAGUCACGGCGCCGAAGCACGCGCCGCUGCUCGAGAAGCCAGUUGUCAGCCCGAAGGUCGCCGCCGGCGGGGCUGCCGCGGAUGAUGCCGAAGGUGACCGCGGCAGCGGCCACCACAGCGGCAGCAGCGGCGCGAAGGGCGGAGCUGGGGGCCAGGAGCUCGCGGUAGCCGCGUCCUCGGCCCUCGCCCUGGCGCUAGCGUUUGGUGUCUUCGAGGCCGUGUCGAUCGUCAUGGGGGCCACCAAGGCCGCCGACGCCUGGGGUGCGCCCACCGGCUCCCCCCUGAGGGCACCCACCCUGGACUUUCUGCUGGUCCGCGGCAUGGCUGCACCGAUCACUGUCCUGCUGCUCGUGCUGCAGGGCGUCUUCCGCGGCAUGCACGACGCCACGACGCCGCUCUAUGCGACGAUCGCCUGCAACGCCAUCAAUGUGGCCCUCGAGUCCCCCUUCAUCUUCUCGCCCCUGCACAUGGGCGUGCGCGGCUCCGCCCUCGCGACCAUAAUCGCGCAGGCGCUGCCGCUGGCGGCGCUGCUGGUGGUGCUGCGGCGGGGGUACCGGCUGGCGGUGGGGCCGUCGCUGGUGGACUGGGCACACUUGGGCGCCAUGUUCAGGCCGACAGGCUUCCUGGUGCUGAGGUCUGUCUGCGUCAGCGCCGUCUUCGCGGUCGCAACAGGCCUCGCGUCUCGCGCGGGCCCCAUCGCGGCCGCGGCACACCAGAUCGCCCUGCAGCUGUGGCUCUCCUCCAGCCUCCUGGCCGACGCCCUGGCCGCGGCAGUCCAGACCCUGGUCGCGUCCGAGAUCGCCGCCGGCCGCCUGCGCUACGCGCGCGCGCUCGUCCGCGCGACGCUGACGUCUGGCUGCGCGCUGGGCCUGCUGCUCGGCGCCGCGGUCUGGGCCGGCGCGGGCGCGCUGCCGGCGCUGUUCACGUCGGACCCGCUCGUGCUGCGCGCGCUGCGGCCGCUGAUGCUGGUGGUGGCGGCGACGCAGCCGGUCAACGCGCUGGCGUUUGUGCUGGAUGGCGUGCUGUACGGCGCCGGCGGCUUCAGGUACGCCAGCGCCAUGAUGAUGCCCUGCGCCGGCGGCGCCCUCGCCCUGAUGAUCUGCGGCGCCCGCUGGUCCGCCGCGCAGCAGCUGCCGCCCGAGGCGCAGCUGGUGUGGGUGUGGGCGGGCCUGGUGGUGCUGAUGCUGCUGCGCAUCGUCGGCAUCGGGGCGCCGCUGCUGCUGCAGCAGUACCCGCUGGGGUGCCUCUACAGGGACCGGCGUGAGGCCCGAGAGGCGCGCGCCGCG